CCGGGAGCUAGAAGGUAUACUUCAUCGAACAAUCUUGCUAGCUUUUUGUUGAAACAUUCUUUCAAACUUUUGUUUGAUUUUUUGAUUUUAUUUAGAAAAAAAUCCCAAGUGCGCUUUAGUUGGAUUUCAAGAAAAUUUUUAAACACCGGUGGUUUAAGCGCAAAAAUCAGACGAACCCUGGACUAUAAAAUGGAAACCACUUCUAAUCAUGCCCAUUUCGAAUCUUUGCUAACUAAUAAUUUUGCAUUAUCGACGAAUUGCACCAGUAUAAAAGGACUCGGGCGAUUCACUUAAUUUAUGUGAUUCUACAGUUCAUUUCAAAAAUGUUUCCUGCUAUAAAAUUCCUCAUAGUUCUGGGAGUAGUUGCGGUGGCCACAAGAGCUGAUCGUCAACAAGUAGUUGACUUCCAUCGCCCCUGCUUAGACCAUCAUGAGAUCGAGGAUGACGAUCUGCAUUUCGCGUUAGAUAAAAUAAAAAUGCGAGACGACGACGAAUUCUAUCUUCACUUCUUCUGCGUGGCUAAACAAGGACAACUUAUGACCGAAGACGGAACAGUAAACACGGAUAAUUUCGAAACCAACAUGAAAGGCAUAAUAGAUGAGGAUAACAUGGAAAAUGUGGCGGCGAUUGUUCGCUUGUGUUUGAUUCAAAAAGACACAGUGUUGCAAACUAUUCGAAAUGCCGUUGACUGUUUCAUGGGAAAGGACCAUAAGCUAUAGUCGAACAGUUUGUAUGUAUUUCAAUAUACGCUUCAGGAAUCAAA